ACUCUGGUUCAUUUCUGUAGCGUAUUGUCAUGUCCCGUGAGCUAAGUGUAUCUGUCACGCCCAUACUGUCACAGUGUUGCUGGUAAUGAUAGCUGUUGAAAUUGAAAUUCUUACGCUCACAUGGGCGUCUUUUAACCGCUGACCUGAGUUUCUUUGCUGCAAAACAAGGUGGGGUUCAAACAGCGGGCUAUGUUUUGCAGAAACUAAACCUUUGUGGUGCUCCUGUAUGUGCGUAUGUGUGUUUGUAUGUGUCAUGUUCAGGCAUGUCCCAGUGCCCUCCCACCUUCCCUCCUCCCUCCUAGUAUUCAUAAUGUCCAAUCUUCCAUCUCUCCCUCCUUCUAAUCUCCCAUUUCCUGUGGAGUGUUGGUAUGUUUGAGGGAGAACUGGUGUUUACAUACAGUCUUGCAAAAUGACUCAGAGAGAGAGAGAAGGAUCUCACUGAUAGUGAUCGUUGAAGGCUUUAGCCGGGAAGAACAUUCAGCUGCUGUCUGCUGUCAUCUUUGCCCUGUAGGUCACAACCUAUGAAGAGGGAUACUGGGAAUUCUGCCAGCCACUGACACAUUCACACACAUUCUCACACAUACAUUCAUAUGGAAACUUCCGUUGUGUGUUGGUCACACAAGGUCAGAAGAUGUAAGAUCCUCCCGCUGACUGUACGCUGAAUGAGAGGGCUCAGCUUGAAGAAGGCUGGAAGUCCUCUGUGGAUCUCUUUGUAUCACGACAGUCACUCUAGAGAUUCCCUUCUGACCAACACUGAGUUUUACAAGGUGUCACUGGCCUGGACAUCAGGAAAUCCCCUUUAUGGAACACGAUAUGUGUGAUCUGUGGAUGAUCAGUUUGUGCUCAGUGGAUACGUUUUUAAUAACUCUCGGGGGGAAGCGCGGGUAGUACGUUAGUGAUGCUGCUGACGGAGGCAACUCAACUCCCAAGUGGUAACCUCCCUCAGGUAUGACCCAGAUCCUGAACCCCUCCUGGAGGUCUCUGGACAGGGGUACAGCUGACUGGUUCGGGGUGAGCAAGGACAGUGACAGCACCCAGCGAUGGAGGAAGAAGAGCCUGCAGCACUGCAGCCAUCUUUAUGGCGGUCUCAAGGCACAGGUGAUGAGGGAGAUGGAGCUGCAGAGCCAAGACAACAUUUCCUUGGCCAGCACUGAGACCCCUCCUCCUCUGUACCUCCCACCCCACCACCCCAGUCACCGCCACCACAACAUGCAGAGGAUUGUAGACCCCCUGGCUCGGGGUCGUGCCUUCCGCAUGGUGGAUGAGGUAGACGGCUUCAGUGUCCCGCAAACUCCCAUCACGCCAGGCACCGCUUCCCUCUGCUCCUUUUCCAGCUCCCGCUCCGCCCUUAACCGGUUGCCUCGACGACGCAAACGAGAGUCUGUCGCAGUUAUGAGUCUCAAGGCUGCAGCAGCACUAAUGAAGGGCCAGACGUUAGGCGAUAGCACCACUGGGCGACAUCGCAGACGGAGUUUCAUCCCUCCUAGUUUCUUUGAAGAUGACACUGUGGACUUCGCUGAUGAGCUGGACACAUCCUUCUUCACCAGAGAUGGCCUGCAGGAUGACUCGUCCAGCUACAUGGAUGAGGUUUUCGAGACACCGUCAGAGGCUGCCCUCAAACAGCUGGAUGAGAGUGAGCUCACAGGAAGUGCGCUGGAUAAGAAUGCACUGGAGAGGAGUCACCUCUUGCUGCCUUUGGAGCGAGGAUGGCGGAAGGCGAAAGACGGCUCUCUGGUCCAGCCUAAAGUCCGACUGAAACAGGAGGUGGUGAGCAUCAGUGGCCAUCAGCAGCGGGGACAAAGGAUUGCUGUUCCUAUUAAGAAGCUGUUUGCCCGAGAAAAGAGGCCAUAUGGACUUGGCAUGGUCGGCCGUCUCACAAACAGGACGUACCGCAAGCGCAUUGACAGCUUUGUCAAAAGGCAGAUUGAGGACAUGGAUGAUCACAGGCCUUUUUUUACUUACUGGAUCACAUUUGUCCAUUUGCUUAUCACCAUUCUGGUUGUCACUAUCUAUGGCAUUGCCCCUGUGGGCUUCUCACAACGUGAAACAGUUGAUUCUGUGUUGAGGAACAAAGGAGUUAAUGAAAAUGUUAAGUUUGUGCAACAAGAAAACUUCUGGGUGGGACCAAGCUCAGAGGCACUAAUCCAUCUGGGAGCAAAGUUUUCCCCAUGCAUGCGACAAGACGAAGAAAUCCACAAACUAAUGCAGGAGAAGAGAGCAAGAGAGAGAGAGUCAGGCUGCUGUGUGCGCAACGACCGCUCCGGCUGCCUGCAGACUUUACAAGAGGAGUGUUCGAGUACCCUGGCAGUGUGGGUGAAGUGGCCUCAGCACCCUAGUGCCCCUUAUCUCAAUGGUGAACUGCGCCAACAUGGCUCAGUCUGCCAUCAGGACCCCAGGAUUUGCCUGGAGCCAGCCUCUGUUUCACCCCAUGAGUGGCCUGAUGACAUCACCAAGUGGCCAGUUUGUACAAGGUACAACUCUGGGAAUCACACCAACCUCCCCCACAUAGACUGCACCAUCACAGGCCGGCCCUGCUGCAUUGGAACCAAAGGACGAUGUGAAAUCACUUCCAGAGAGUACUGUGACUUUAUGCACGGCUACUUCCACGAGGAGGCUACUCUCUGCUCACAGGUGGCUUGCAUGGAUGAUGUGUGUGGUUUGCUUCCCUUCCUCAACCCAGAGAUCCCAGACCAGUUUUCACGACUCUGGCUGUCUCUCUUUCUUCAUGCUGGGAUCCUGCAUUGCCUGGUGUCAGUGGUGUUCCAGAUGUCGGUGCUGAGGGACAUAGAGAAACUGGCUGGCUGGCUGAGAAUCUCCAUCAUCUACAUGCUAAGUGGCAUCACUGGCAACUUGGCAUCAGCCAUCUUCCUGCCAUACAGAGCGGAGGUGGGUCCUGCAGGCAGCCAGUUUGGCAUCCUGGCCUGUCUGUUUGUGGAGCUGUUUCAGAGCUGGCAGAUCCUCGAGCGACCAUGGCGGGCGUUUGCCAAGCUGCUGGCGAUCUCAGUCUUCUUCUUCUCCUUCGGUUUGCUUCCUUGGAUUGACAACUUUGCCCACAUCUGUGGCUUUGUGUCAGGAUUCUUUCUGUCCUUUGCCUUCCUGCCAUACAUCAGCUUUGGCCGUUCCGAUAUGUAUCGGAAGCGGGUCCAGAUCUGUGUCUUCCUGAUGGUCUUCCUAGGUCUGUUCUCUGCCUUGGCCGUUCUCUUCUAUGUCUACCCCGUGAAGUGUGACUGGUGCGAGGACCUCACAUGCAUCCCGAUCACAGACAAGUUCUGCGAGAAGUAUGACCUGAACGCACACCUCCUCUGAACCUCAGCCUUUGAAAUGUGAGCUGGAUGUUCUCUGGAUGUGCACAGAAGCUGGACUGGUCAUGACAUUUCUGUACAUUGGAUGCCAAUGAAGCAAAAAAAAAUGCAUGUUUAGCUGCCAUGCAACCUGUGAAUGAGCAGGAACAUUUAUCCUGGAAUAAUAAUCAAUAUUUCAGGAUGUUAUUUGGACCUGUUUACUGUAUUUGUUGUACUGUACUGGAAAGAUACAACAGACCCACUAUGAAUAAAGGCUAUGCAGGAAAGCCUCACUGAAAAUAUUCACGUGCAUGGGAACAAAACUUGACAAGGACCUGAAAAGGAUUACCACUAGAUUUAUGUGACUGAUCUCUAGCUGGACUAAUCAAUGACCAGUCGCACUGCAGGGGAGGUACAACUUUUUGUAACAACUAUUUCCUGCCAAAAAUUUAAUUAGCCUCCUUUCUGUGGUGAAACUGACUAACAGCACCCAUCAGUAGCCGAAAGGAACAUUAACCCUGAGACGCUGCAAUGGAGGAGUUGAGGGAUUUUUGUAAAUUUUUUAUACAUGUCCAACAGUUUUGUCCAUUUACUUGAUGUCCUUAGAGUUAAAACUCUCCACGAAUUUAGACUGAAAUGCUUAAACGUGCCUUGCUGACACACAACUACACACACACAUUGGGUAAAUCCCAAAUCCCUUAUUUGAUUGUUCAUCGAUCCUUGCAACUCACUUAACCCCGAAAUUGUUCUGGUCCACCAUCUUGAAGGACGUUCCAAAACACUUAUUCCUGCUCUGAGUAUUGAGCAGUUGGAGGAGCUAUGAUGAGGAUAAACAAGAGCAUGCUUCACAGAAGUCUUUUAUGGACUGAUGCCCCUUUUAUCUGAAGUCAGUUGGUGAUUGAGAGCUUCAGAUUAGGAAUCAGAGGAAAGGACAUCUCAUGUCUGUAUGAACGCGUUUCCUUGAUUCCUCUCUCCUCGCAUUUUGUUCUUGCAUCUUUUCCUCACAUCUUACAUGGGUGGGACUAAGACACAAGGAAAAGAUGCAAGUGAGGGAAUCGCGUAUUCAAUUAAGGGAAGUGGGAAUUACCUGUUGUCUUCUCAUACCAAGAAUUAUGGGUCCUGUUUAUUAACCUUUGUAGAAAGCUUUUCACAAUUUGACAAAAAUCAUGUAAAAUAUGUUUGUACUGAAGUACCACUCUGGCAGCUUUAGUUUACACCACAGCCGUUUACAGUUGGAUGGUUUUUUGGUAUUCACCCUGUGUCACAUCUGAAAAGAACACACUUAUAUGUUAAUUUGCUCCAUCAUAUAAGCUGUUAUGAAGGGGAAUUUGUGUUUUUUCUUUCAUGUGGUAGCGUUUUAGCUACCAUGCAAUAAACAGUUUUUCAUUUUUUAUGUCUGUGUAUUGCCU